CACCGGCGGGAUACAUGAGAACACACGCAGCACUGAGGAGGAACUGAGAAUGAAUGACCGUGUUCAAACAAAGUGUCCGUGACUUUCUGUUGGGAAAGCAUCAAGAUCUGCGGCAAACUGUGCAGGAUUGCCUUCAUCUCCAAAAUCCGGGUUGCAGCCGGUGAUUGGCAGGAGGAGGAGAGUCUGACGGAGGAGCAGAGGAAUGUUGGCAGCCAUUUAGUCUGAGCUCAACAACGGAGGAAACAUGGAUUCUUCACAAAAAAAAUGUAAACACAGCAAUGGAGUGAGAUGUCGGACCUCUGAGGAGGAUAAGGAUGGUUCGGCAACAACAGCAAAAAGAGAUGAAUCACUCAGUUGUGAGCAAUGUGGCACAACAAAAAAGCUAAGAAUUCACAAACGUAUUCACACUGUGGAGAAACCAUUCAGCUGUGAUCAAUGUGGAAAGGCUUUUACUAAGAAGAGUCACUUAAAAAGCCAUCAACUCAUUCACAGUGGAGUUAAACCAUUCAGCUGUGAUCAGUGUGGAAAGGCUUUUACUAAGAAGAGUAAUCUAACAAGUCAUCAACUCAUUCACAGUGGAGUGAAAUUGUUCGGCUGUGAUCAGUGUGAAAAGGCUUUUACUCACAAGAGAAUGUUAAUAGGUCAUCAACUCAUUCACAGUGGAGUUAAACCAUUCAGCUGUGAUCAGUGUGGAAAUGUUUUUACUGAAAAGAGUCACUUAAGAAGACAUCAACUCAUUCACAGUGGAGUUAAACCAUUCAGCUGUGAUCAGUGUGGAAAGGCUUUUACUGAAAAGAAUCACUUAAGAAGACAUCAACUCAUUCACAGUACAGUUAAACCAUUCAGCUGUGAUCAGUGUGGAAAGACUUUUACUACCAAGCCUCUGUUACGAAGUCAUCAACUCAUUCACAUUGGAGCGAAAUUGUUCGGCUGUGAUCAGUGUGGAAAGGCUUUUACUCACAAGACAAGGUUAAGAGAUCAUCAACUCAUUCACAGUGAAGUUAAACCAUUCAGCUGUGAUCAGUGUGGAAAGGCUUUUACUCGGAAGAGUAACUUAAGAAGACAUCAACUCAUUCACAGUAGAGUGAAACCAUUCAACUGUGAUCAGUGUGUGAAAACAUUUACUCAACAUGAACAGUUGUUGAUCCAUCAAUGCCCCCAUUCUGGUAGAAAGCGGUACCACUGUGACUCCUGUGAAAAAUCUUUCAAACACCAACAGAGCUUAAAAUGUCACCAACGCAUCCACACUGGACAUGAUGUGUAUGUGUGUGAUCACUGUGGCAAACCAUUUGUACUUUACUCACAGUUAAAAGCUCAUGAAGUGACCCACACUGGGGUUAAACCAUACCUUUGCGACCAGUGUGGGAAACGCUACAGCUACAAUGCAAACCUCAAAGUUCACCAAUGUGUCCACACUGGGGAGAGACCAUACAGAUGUGAUGAGUGUAAGAAGACUUUUACAACUUUGGGUUCCCUGAAACGACACCAGCAGAUCCACACCAGAAAGAAAGCAUUCAAUCAGUGUCACAGUGAGCAGAACGGAACAGAUGGACAAAACCCUCAGACUUGUCAGCACUCUGCCAAUGGUGAACAGUGCUGCUUUGACCAGUCUGGACCAAUGUCCAACCAACAGGGAACCCUACAAUGACACCAGCGUAUGCACACUGGACACAGACUGAACCUCUGCCAAGAAGAUUUGUCCAUGCAGGGUUCAGUAAAAGUUCAUGAAGUCCUCCACAAACUUAAAGUCCUUGAGAUCCGGCUUCACAGAAUUCAGGUCUAAUUUCUCGUUUAGUGUCUUCGUUGCUUCGUUGCAAAAUCCAUUAAGAGGAAAGCUGUCGUUAACAGACGUGACUGGUAAAUUAAUUAUACCAUUCAAAGUGGUUACUCAGUUAUUAUCAGUGGUAGAGGGAUAGACGUCUGGAUGGUGGCAGUGAGCAGCAGGGUGAAUUUGUUAACCCUAUCUAUCUAUCUAUCUAUCUAUCUAUGAAGAAUCUCUAAUAUUGAACAAGUAGAUCAACUAAUCUCUGAUUAUGUAUGAGUUGAAAUAUAAAUACAAAAACAUGAAGUGUUGGAUGAAAAGUCCAAUCUUUGAAAGCUGACAUGUAGUUUAGAAUAAUUUCUUUGUAAAUUAGCUGCAUCCAGUCAUUAGCAUGACAUUGGCAUCAUGGAACCAUGACCACAUAUAUGUGUCUGGAGAUGGUGGCGUUUUUAUAACGGCACAUUUUCAUGCUUUGACAGAUAAAAUGAGGGAUAAAAGUUUUCAGGCACCCUGAAAAUUUUUACACAUCUUGAAGAUUAUCAUGAAAUAUUUAAGUCUUUUUUUGUGUGUGUUUCUAAGGGUGUGGCUGCAUCAGAAAGACACAAACUCGACGAGUCCUCAGUAGAGGCCAGAACCACGCCCUCUACUGGCGAAAAUCCUGUCCUCCCUAUACAAAUGAUGCAAUAUGUAUCAGUUUUGAUCAUGCUACAUAUAUCCCUUCCUACUUGAUCUGCUGACCUGUAACUCCACAAGUGAGCAGGGGACCUUAGACUAAUCUUCAGUGUAAAGUUUGAUUAUCCUCACUUCAGCACUUGCAGAGAUAUCUGACCGGACAUACCUCGCCACAUACAUACAUACAUACAUACUUACCCAGCCAGCCAGCCACAUACCGAAGCGAAUACAGUAACCCCACUGACGUUCGUCAGGCGUGGUUAAUGAUAUUUAUUUGGUUUGUUGUUUACAAGGAAAACUAACAAAACUAAAUUCUACCAAAUUUCUCAUUUUAUGGAACCAGUCAAUUUUCAGUUUUUAAUGUAUUUUUUUUGGAUGUGUUUAGUUUUUUGAUUGUACUAAAAUAAAUGACUCUUAAAGACCAGUA